ACAAAUAACAUGGCACUUACCAGGUUUUUUGUUGACCAACAUGGAAAAUGUACCAAUGUUAUCUGAACCAAAUGUACCAAUGCUAUCUGAACCAGAGCUUUUGCGUUACUUGAAUGGAGAAAUUUCAUUUGAGACAUGGUUAAAAAAUCAAAAUAUUGACUACACAGAAUCACAAGAUAAUAAUCCUUUAGCUUCUUCGCUGAAAGAAGCAUCAGAAAGCUUAAAUUUUGGUUGUAAAUUACCUGAUGAUGAAUCAACUAUAUUUUCUUCUUGGGGAAGUAUUUUCUCUGAUAAAAAUGAAAAAAAGAAAAAAGUUAAAAAGAAUAGAAUUUCAGAAAAAAUCGAUUUAGUAGAAGAAAGUCAAAUACUUGAACUGAAAAACACAUUACCAACAGCAGCUUCAGCAGAGUUUUUUGACACUCCAUUAAGAUCGGUAUCAUUUUCUAAUGUGUCUGAUUAUAAUGCUGAAGAUGAUUCAUUACAAGGUGUUGAACUUAAAUCACUAAUGUUAAAAUUGCCAUCAGUUAUUUCAACUUCUACUGCAAAUAAACAUAUCAAAUUGAAGAAACAAAAAGAUUUAGAACAAGAUAUUUUUCAAGAUUUACACAAUUUUCAGUUUCGCAAGAGAACAUAUGCUGUAAGACAAAAAUUAAGUGAAAUGGCAAGGUUACAACUUGGUCAAGCAAAUAUGCUUGUUGCAAAAGGAGAUUUUAAGCAAGCUGCUGAGAUUUGUAUGGAUGUGGUGAAAGAAGUACCAUCAAGUGGGGAACCUUUUAAAACAUUGUCAUUUAUCUAUGAUGAACAAGGAAAUAAAGAGAUGGCUUUGCAGUAUGCAUUGGUUUCUGCUUUUCUUGAUUGUAAAGAUGCUCAAGAAUGGAGGGAUCUUGCUCAAAGAUGUAUUAAUGAAGGAAGUGAAACACAAGCUCUUGCAUGUUAUGAUAGAGCUUGCAAAGUUCUUUCUACAGAUGCCUGUUUACAAUGGGAUAGAGCAACUAUGUAUUUUGAGAAACAAGAUUACCGAAAGACACUUGAUAUCUUAUUUACUAUAAUGAAGAUAAUAAAGCCUACACAUUUAGAAGAUUUUAUGGUUAUCGCUAAAGAAAUUUCAAAAUUGUAUCAUAAAUUUGGCUUGACAGAUCGAUCAAGAGAAAUGCUUGAAGUAGCAUGCAAGAUGUGUAUAAAUGUCAAAGAUUAUGAAAGUAUUCAUUUACUUUGCGAAAUGUAUAUGGCAAUCAAAGAAUAUGAUAAACUUUUAAAGCUUAUUGUCAAGACUUGUGAUGUAAAACUUCCUGAGGAUGUUUUUAAAAAAAAAGACUGUGGCGUAAAUUUUUCAGAAAUAGCUGCUCAGGUUUCAUCUAGUCAGUUUACUGAUUUAUCCUCACAUAUAGUUGCAAAACUCACUGAAUCAUCUUCACAGAUCAUAGAUCAGCCUAGUAAUACUAUUGAUAUAUGCUCAAAAUCAGUAGAAAGUUUUUAUGUUCCAAUAGAACUACCACUUGACAUCCGAGUUAAACUUGCACAAGGUCUUGUUUAUUUAAAUGAGCUUAAUUAUGUUGAGAGCAUAACAGAACCACUGUUUUCUGAAGAUCUUAAUGAUGUUGGUGAUUUGAUGCUUGAUCUCGCUGAAUCAUAUUAUGAGACAGGAAAUUACCAGUUGGCAUUGAAAUAUUUACUAGAGCUGGUUGAAUGUGUCAAAUUUAACCAAGCAGCUGUAUGGUUAAAGAUUGCUGAGAGUUUUGAUUAUUUGAAUGAAAAGGAAAAAAGCAUUAAUGCUUACUAUAUGGUCUUAUCACUUGUACCUCAGCAUGUAUCUGUUCGGAUGACACUUGCUAGUCUGCUUAGAAGUGUUGGCAGAGCUGAUGAAGCCGUCACUGUUAUUUCAGAAUAUGAAGUGACAUUCAAUGACAACAGUGAAACAUGUGUCAGUGAGCUGAGCAAACUGAAAGUUGAAGAAUGUGAAAUGCUUUAUAAAAAAUGUUUAAAACUUUAUGAUGACAGCAAUUACAAAGAUUUUUUAUGUGAUGGCUAUAUUUUGAUUCAUAACUAUCUCUUGUGGAGCUUUGGUUAUCAAAAGCAAAUGUUAAUUGGUAGAGCUCAAAUGUGGCAGUUUCUUUUAAAGAUACUGAAUGUUGCUAUGGAUUUAAAAGAACAUCAAAAAGCUAUUAAACUGGUGAAUAAAGCAAUCUUAUUUAAACCUUAUCAAGAAAGUCGAAAAUAUAGACUAGAGCUUGACUACCUGCAAACAACCAUAUAUUUUGUUGCUGGCGAGUACGCAAAAGCGUUUGAAUCUUUUCGGAUUUUAAUUAUGCAUGAAACAGAAGAGGUUAUUGAUAAGAAUACAAUUUGGAACUUGUUUGCAUUAAUAACAAAUAAAAUGAUGGACAAAAGACACCAUCGUUAUGUGCUAAGAUUGCUGUUUAGAAAACCUUUGCGUGUACCUUUAAUAAUGAUCAAUGGAAAUAAUUCAUUUGUAUCUGGAACUUAUAAAUAUGCAAUAGGUGAGUAUCUUAGAUGUUUUCGGGAAUGGCCGACAAAUCCUUUAACCAGCUUACUUUUGGCUGUAUCCUAUCUCCACCUUGCAUGCCAAAAGUUCCAUAAAACAAGACACGCCAGUAUAAUUCAGGGAUUGAUAUUUAUGUUUCAAUAUAUGAGUCUAAGAAAAGAAAACCAAGAGUCUCACUAUAAUAUGGGAAGAGCUUUUCAUCAAAUUGGUCUUGUACAUUUUGCAACAUUUUAUUAUAAUAAGGCUUUGGAAUUUCCAAUGCAUAAUGAAAAGGAAAGCAACAAAGCUGAGUAUCAUCCGUUUAUUGAUUUACACAGAGAAGCAGCUUGUAACCUAGCCAUGAUAUACAAAGCUAGUGGUAACAUAGAACUUGCAAAAAAAACAUUGUACAAAUAUUGCUGGGUUUAAAAAUGUAAUAAUAAAUUUUUUAUCAAA